AUGGGAAACAAUUCAAGAGCUAUUUUCUCUUUAGUCUUAGUUGUAGCCUUAUGUGCUGCAAUUCUAAUCACUCCGGGAACAGCUCAUGAACAACCACCGCGCUUGCAAUCUCCUCCGGAUUUUCCUAUUGAUUUGGAAAAAUGUUGGUCAUCUCUUUUCAAUACUCAAGGAUGCAUAUUGGAGGUCUUCAAGUCAGUUUUUUCUGGUAAGUUUGGAAAUGUUGGAGUGGCAUGUUGCAAAGCUUUCUCGACCAUAGAUGCUAACUGUUGGCCUCAUAUGUUUCCGUUAAACCCGUUUUUUCCUCCUCUUCUAAAGGACAACUGUGCGCACAUUGUCCCCAAUUCCUCCACAAACAAGUGA